AUGACUUACACCGUUCAAGAAACUAGUUCCGAGCGUUUAACAGGUUGGAUUCCAUACGAGAAUCCAUCCCAUUUACAUAUGAGCCAGGUAGACGAGAACUCCAAGUUUGAUUCCCCACUGCGGGAUUUCCAGAACUGUACGCCCGCAGCAACAAGGUCGUACCAUACCGAACAGGGAAGGAGAUUAAGCUUAACGAUUAAGGUUGCGGGGUCGACAUGGGGUAAUGAGCAGCAGGGAUCCAGUGGAAGUGAGGACCGUUUCCCCCGCGUCAUUGCAGCUCACGAUGAGAGAAUGUUGGCCAAGAAUCGAACCUUUGAUCUCCCCCAGUUUACGCUAUCAAACUUACGCAAUGACAAUGAUCCGACUACCUGA